AUGUCCAUGACAAUAGAAGAAUGCGCGACUCCUCGGCCCCCCAAGCCCACCCCGGCCACACCCAACAAUGUUUUUGAGCAACUCUCCAUGAAAGGUCGGUUGGUGUGCAUCACCGGUGCGUCGGACGGCAUUGGUUUUGCGGUCGCCGAAGCCAUGGCAGAAGCUGGCGCCAAUCUCGCACUCUGGUACAACACGAACGACGCCGCCAAAUCCAAGGGGCAACAAUUGGCGUCUCAACAUGGCAUCAAGGUCAGAGCGUACCAGGUCGAUGUUUCAGAGCCGUCGCGGGUCCAACAGGCGGUGGACGAGGUGGUGAAAGACUUUGGCCGUUUGGAUGUGUUCGUCGCCAACGCCGGGAUGGCCAUCUCAAAACCGAUUCUUGAGCAGACAGUUGACGAGUAUCGAAAGCAGAUGUCAGUGAACGUGGACGGCGUUUUCUUCUGUGCCAAGUACGCGGGCGAGGUCUUCAAACAACAAGGUCGAGGGAAUCUGAUCAUCACGUCCAGCAUGUCGGCCCACAUAGUCAACGUACCUGUCGAUCAGCCUGUGUACAACGCGACCAAGGCAGCCGUCACCCAUCUCGGCAAGAGUCUCGCGAGAGAGUGGAGGGACUUUGCGCGCGUCAACGUUGUGAGUCCUGGAUUCUUCCAGACAAAGAUGGGGGCCUCCGCGCUAUGUGAGAAUGAGGGCCAUCGCAUGGCAGUGCUGGGUCGCCAGGGUCAUGUCCGGGAACUCAAGGGUCUCUACUUGUACCUGGCGAGUGAUGCCUCAAGCUUCCAGACUGGAAGUGAUGUCCUUAUUGACGGAGGCUACACUCUGCCAUGA